CACCCUGCACGCCCUCCCCGCCCCGCCCGCCCCGCAACACUACACCGCCGCCAUACAGGACGCCGCGCACACCGUCCUAGAGAAAGAGAUGGCAUGGUGGCGCGAGCAGGUAGCGAGGCACCUAUCGCGUGCCCACUCCCCCUCCACACCGCACGCGUCACACGCCUCCCACGUCUCGCAACACGACAGACAGAUGCAGGUGGCGCAGAUCCAGUCGCUGGUGAGCGGCGGGGACGUGAACGGCGCGUUCCAGGUGGCGCUGUCGGCGGCGGACCUGGCGCUGGUGGUGGCGGCGUGCCGCGCGGCGGAGCCCCCCGCGGUGUUCGGCCCGCCGUGCCGCCUCAAGCAGCACGUGCUGCUGUCGCUCGUGCAGCAGCUGGCCGCCGACAUGGCGCACGACACGCCGCUCAAGCACAGGUACUUAGAAGAAGCUAUAAUGAACUUGGACACAACCAACCCGGUGACCCGUGAACACCUCCCAGUUGUAGUCAGAGAACUCCAGAAACAGGUGAUGUCGUUCCUGUCCGCGCAUCCGUCUCACUCGCUCGCGCGGCAGUUCAAGAUGUUGCUGAUGGCCGCCGACUCGCUCGUGAAGGCGGCCUGA